AUGAAUCAGGAGGAAGAAGAAAGGGGAAAUAAGAAAAAGAGGAGAGAGAUGGGAAGAGGGAAGAUAGAGAUAAAGAAGAUAGAGAAUCGGACAGCGAGGCAAGUGACCUUUUCCAAGAGAAGAAGUGGUGUUAUCAAGAAGGCUAAUGAGCUCUCUGUUCUCUGCGAUGCUCACAUCGGUCUUAUCGUCUUCUCUACCACUGGAAAGCUCUACCAGCACUGCACCGAGCCCCUCACGAUGGCUCAGGUCAUUGACCGAUACUUGCAGACCAGCGGAUUGCGACUCCCUGAUCCUAAUGACAACCGGGAGGAAUUCUGCCACGAGAUAGAAGUACUAAGAAGAGAGACAUGUAAGCUUGAGCUCCGUCUGCGUCUUUACCGUGGACAUGACUUAGCCUCCAUUCCUCCACACGAGCUCGAUGGACUAGAGCAACAGCUCGAACAUUCUGUACUUAAAGUUCGUGAGCGUAAGAAUGAGUUGAUGCAACAACAGAUGGAGAAUCUAAGCAGAAAGAGGCGGAUGCUAGAAGAAGACAACAACAAUAUAUACCGUUGGGUAAGUUUGAUUGCUAGCUAGAAAAUGCCAAUUUGUUGGCAGCUUUCCGAUUGAAUGACGUUUUUUCUAUCUAUACCGUCGUUAACUAUAUUACAGCUUCAUGAGCAUCGUGCCGCGGUUGUGUUUCAGCAAGCGGGGAUAGAGACUAAACCGGGGGAGUAUCAACAUUUUCUAGAGCAAGUUCAGUACUAUAAUGAUCAUCAGCAACAACCAAACAGUUUUCUUCAGCUUGCUACUCUUCCUUCCGAGAUUGAUCUUAAUUACCAUCUCCACCUUGCUCAGCCUAAUCUUCAAAAGGAUCCAAUGGCAAACAUUUGAUUAAUCCUCGACCAGAUCUACUCUUUCUUUAUUGAGACAAAUAAAUGAACAAUGAAGUAUCGUUUUCUGUCUUUUAUUACCUGCUUUAAUUUGCCAAUGCCUUCUACUUUGUGUAUGUUUGUGUUGACAUGGAACCUUGUUUAAAUUAAUUGAGAAGAUAAUGGUAGUCUUGAUUA